GCGCGCGCAAGUUUCACAAGUUUUCGCAAUCGUUUCGUUGUGCAAAAUCACACUUUAUAUAUAACUGAACUAUACUAUAUACUUGAUUGGUAUAUAAGAGAAACAUGUUAACGUUGCGUCGUCUCAGUCAGCGCUUAUACCCAAAGCAAAUUCAGCAUUUGAAAAUGUCACAAAUCGGGGAACUCGGCAGCGGUGCCGGCAAGGGAGGCGGCGGUGGUGGAACAAUCCGCGAGGCAGGCGGCUCUUUUGGCAAAAUGGAGGCUGCCCGCGAGGAGGAGUUUUUCCAUAAGCAGCAAAAGGAGCAGCUGAAGAACCUAAAGACCAAGACGGAAGCCAAGGCGCCAGAGGCGGUCAAGAAAUGAACCAAUUGAUUUGUAUUUAUUGAAAAUCGUUUGCUAAAAAUAUAUACUAUGUAUGUUUAAAGUGGA